UUCGAUACACAAAGGGAAUAUUCCAUCGAGUAAAUAGAAUCAGAGUUAAGGCUGUUAAAUAAAACGUAAGUUUAUUAUUUCAACGAACCUACGUCUCGGCCUUGAGGUUACGUUGCUUAAUAAAAUUCCCCAUAUUGUAAUAUUGUGUUGCGUUACUUCUGCGUAGGAUCAACACUUUCACUUUUGGUCCAAACCCCCCAAUAUGAUACACUAGUGUCUUUGUGACCACAACUAGCGGCAGCCGGCAAAAUGAAAUCGACGAUUAUAUUUCUUCUGCUGCAAUGCUGUGUCGUGGUUUUCUCGGACGACAGUCCGGCUUCUAAAGAUAUAGGACUCGAUGACUAUGACGAUAUUGGCAGAAAACAUAGAAAGAAAAAAAAGCAACAGAAUAACCCAUGUUUUGGACGGACUCUGGGUGAAAAGUUUGGCUCCCAAGAUUACACUAGCACGUACAUAUCAGCUCCGGUCACGAAUUAUUUCUUUGGUUGCGGAGGAUUUCCCGCACCUGUUGCGCCUGUCUAUCCCCAGUAUGGAAACCAAGGACACGGAGGCCAUGGUCACGGAGGUCAAAGUCACGGGGGUCAUGGCCACGGAGGUCAAAGUCAUGGGGGUCAUGGCCACGGAGGCCAUGGUCAGGGAGGUCAAAGUCACGGGGGUCAUGGCCACGGAGGUCAAAGUCAUGGGGGUCACGGUGGAAACUUUCAAGGGGGAUACGCACCAGGAUACAUUCCCCAGAAUUAUGGUAAUCAGCAACAAUAUCAGCAGUUCAAUCCAGGUUUUCAAGUUCAAAAUAGACCGUUUCAAAAUGUAGUCUCAUCAGCUGCUGCUGGACUGGGAAACGUUGUCUCCAGCUACUUUUCAAGACCCAGGAAGACAUACAAACAAAUCAAUAGAUUCAUAAAUCAUUUGUUUUAGUGCAACAAGACAGUCAUUUGUGUAAAGUGCUAAUUAUUUAAACAGUUAUUAUAUUUAUAUUGAUGGUGUUUAAGCGUUUUUGCGAUUUGUGGUAAUAGCAUGUAAAUUGCUAAUUAUAUAGAAAGAUGCCUUUUUUAUUCUUAUAGGCUUGCUACAGAUUUUUUUGUAUAAGCAGUUGAAUAUUAAUUAGUAGUUAUAAAUUGCCAGUCUUUUGUCUUUAGGUAAUGUUACAAUUUUUAAGGAAAAUAUAUUGUAACAAUCGCUCGGCAUUGUUUUAUACACGUGUUGCUUAAUUUGCGAAGUAAUUGUUGGCAUGCAAAAGUCAAAGUCAAAGUCAAAAAACGUUUA